AUGACUUCUAACUCCUCCAUUAAUGGUUUCUACAACAUCCUUAACCAAGGACUCCAUGACCUUCACCAAACCUUCCUCUCCCAUAACUUCAUGUCUUUCCAAUUCCUUUCACAAGUUAUCUCAUCUCUUCAAUCCUUCCAUUCUCAUCUCACCCUCUUGGUUCGCAAACUCCGCUUGCCCGUCGGAGGAAAAUGGCUUGAUGAAUACAUGGAUGAAAGCUCAAGACUUUGGGAUUCUUGCCAUGUACUCAAAUCCGCCAUUUCCCAAAUGGACAACUAUUACUCAUCUUCUACUAAUAUACUUUCUUCUUUAGAUGCUUACCAUCACUUCACUCCUGACUUUUCGCGUCAGGUUGCACGCGCGAUAAAUGUUUGUCAAAGGGAGAUUAUAGGAAUGGAGGAAGAAAACAAGAGUUUGACAGAAACAAGGAUUCAGCAACUAUCUCAAUGUCUGAACCAAAACACGAACAUCUCGGUCGAUUCGAAUUCGAAACUAAAUGGAUUCAGUGGUUUUCGAGGCGUUCUUUUCGCAAUGAGGAGUGUCAGUUCAUUGCUUUUGAUGAUUCUUCUGUGUGGAAUCACAUAUUGUUGGUCUUCCUCUUGUUUUCAUCAAGGACUAGGACAAGGUUAUCAUGAAGGACACAUGGUUUUUGGAUCUGGUUUCAUGGUUUCAAUGGCAAUGUUGCAACAAAAAGUGGCAGAAGAAAUAGACAAGAAUGAUGGACAACAUAGGAUUCUAUUGUUUGAGUUCCAACAAGCAAAGAUUGCAAUGGAGGAAUUGAAAGUGGAGAUGGAGAAAAUAGCAUGUUAUGAUAAUGAUGAACAUGGUUGUGAGAUUCAAGAAAAAGUUGAGAAUGUGAAGAGUUGUUUUGGAUUGUUGAGAUGUGGUGUAGAAAGUAUCACAGGACAACUUGAUGAUUUCUUUGAUGAAAUUGUGGAAGGAAGGAAGAAACUUUUGGAUAUGUGUAGCCAUAGGUAG